AUGUUCAACUUCAGAUGCAUCCGGAAGUUACUACAGUAUGUGAAAUUUUAUUUUUUUUUACUUAUGGAGAACAUGUUCUCUAUAUCUCCUCUACGCAAAAAAUGUUUUGCUGGUGAAAUAGUACUUAUUACUGGCUCUGCAAAUGGAAUUGGAAAGCGGGUUGCCUUAAAAUUGGCUCCCUUGGGAGUAACCUUGGUUCUUUGGGACAUCGAUGAUGAAGGCAACAAAGAAACAAGCAGAUUAGCCCAACAAAAUGGAGCCAACCGGGUGUUCACCUACCACUGUGACUGCAGCAGUAGGGAGGAUGUCUAUGAACAGGCAGACAAAGUUAGAAAAGAAGUUGGGGAUGUUACUAUUCUAAUCAACAAUGUUGGCAUAAUGAUCGGGAAAAAGUUCUGUGAGUUUACAGAUGAAGAAUUUGAAAAGACACUCAGAAUCAACUUCUUUUCUCAAGUCUGGACUUGCAAGGCCUUUCUUCCAGCCAUGGUGGCCUGUAACCGUGGACACCUGGUUAGCACAUCCAGUGCAGCUGGAUUAAUGGGAUUCUACAGGUUGUCAGAUUAUUGUGCAAGUAAGAGUGCAGUCGUUGGAAUGAUGGAAGCCAUAAAUUCAGAACUGUAUCAUGAAGGAAAAUGUGGCAUUAAAACCACAAUCAUUUGUCCUUAUUUUAUUAGUACUAGGUUAAGCAAAGGCUUCAAAAGUGCAAAACCCUGUUUGCUUCCUGUUUAUGAUCCAGAGUAUGCAGCCAGCAGGAUUGUGGAUGCAAUUAAAAAGGAAAAAUUUAAUCUGAUCAUGCCUCCAGCUGUAUACUUACUUGGUCUCAGAAUAUUCAUUCCUAGAAAAAUAGUGUUAUUCCUCGAGUCUUACGUUAAGUUCCCUGAGAGCAUGGAAGAAGCCUUCGGUCAGAAAAAAAAGGAUUGA